CCUUUAAUUUGGAUAGAUGGGAACAUGGGAGCAAGGGAGUGGAUAACAUCCGCCUCUAUCCUCUACCUUAUUGAUUACAUCGUUUUUUCGUCUGACAGUCCAGCCAAAACUUUAAGGAGUAAGUACCGUUUCAUCAUUGUUCCAAAUCUUAAUCCAGACGGCUAUUCGCAUUCUAUGUCAAAGGAUCGACUUUGGGUGAAGAACAUGAGAGAAUUGAGCAAACUCUGCGUUGGAAUCAACCUUAACUACAACUUUGACGCAGACUAUAUACAUUCAAACAGCAAUAAGAUAUGCAGCGAAAAAUACGCUGGCACUGAGCACUUCUCUGAAAACGAAACAAAAGCCGUUCGAAAAGUGUUCACAUCGUCGCCUGUUUUCAUGUCGUUUUCUGUUCACGCCUACGGACAGAUGUGGUUGAUUCCCUACGCAUGUUGCAACAAUACCGCUCCCAACUACAAUGAAAUGGCUCGUGUUGCAAACAUAGCAGUGAAUGCAAUCAAAAAAGAGACAAACUCGGAGUUUCAAGUUGGCAAAGCCUGUGAUCUUUUACACGAGUUCCGUAAAGGAAGUAGCAUGGAUUGGUCAAAAAUGAAGCACAACGUUUCUUAUUCGUACGGCAUACUGCUGAGACCGAAGACAAUUGGCGAUGGUGGAUACAUCUUGCCUCCCUCACAAAUAGUUCUAAGCGGUCGUGAAUUAGUUGCCGGUAUAAUCAAUGCUACCAACAAUGCCCGUUUGUAA